CACACCCACAACGCCGCUUGACCAGCGCCACAAAACGCCGCAGCUAUGACUAUUCACUGUUUGUCAUUCUCUUUAUGAUGAUUUUGGCGCAAAUUCCACAGCGCAGCGCUGCCGCCGCCUUACCACAGCAAAUAAACGAUGAUUCGGAGUCAUUAGAAUCAGCAGAGGACACUUUCAAUUUGUUGCACGAACUGGCACGUUUUAUACAUGGAGAACAUAAGGCAGGCGAGUUUGGCGACGUACAUGAACGACGCGUCUACAAGCGACACAAUGCCGAAAGGGCAAUGGACACACAUAACAACGAAGCGGCUUGGCAAAAUGUUUGCGGACAUGACAGCGCCUGGAGUGGCGAUGAGCUGGCUGAGGAUCUGAGUCAGGAUUACAUAAAAUUGUACAUGAAAAAUCUGCGUCAAGCUAUACGUCUGGAAUAUAAGAAUCUUAAAAGUAACGGUUUACAUGACAUCGACAUUGACGAUAUGCGUGCAUGGCGUCGACAUGAGCGCAAAUACAAAUUCUUACCAACCUUGGAGCAUAAUUCAACGCUUGCUCCAGUUUGCUGGCAUCAAAGUCUACAAAAAUUCAUCGCUUCCUUUGACUAUCUGCAUAGAGUACAACAACAAUGGGACCAACAAUAUCUGCACACACACAGCAGCAUCACACGCCAGCUGCAGGAAUUGCUGCAGAGCGCCAAGCGUGUACUUUGCGAAAUCGAAACGAGCAUCAAUGGUUGCUUUCCACGCACACAACGGCAGAUUGCGAGCAUUUCGCGUGCUGCAAUGUUUGCGCAAAUGAAUUUCCAUACAAAGAGUUCAAAUGUCGCCACGUCGCAACGUGGUGUCAAUCAUAUAGAUUUGCGUUUUGCUAAAUUUUUCUAUCAAAAUUAUUUGCUGAGAAUGUGGAAGUCACUACCACGACAUCCUAAGCAAAUUCAAAUGGUUUAUACAUGUGAUACGCACACUUACCCAAACCUGCUCGAUAGAAGUCUGGAAAAGGAUGCGUCCAUUUUGAAUAGCCACGAUGAUGAUAGCUCUGCGGAAUAGAAGUGGUAGAAAAGUGAGAAUGUAAUUAAUGUGAACAAAUGCUGAAAUUACUAAAAAGAAAAUACGAAAUCAAAACAUGAAAAGAAAAGUAUUGAAAAACUGUAAAAGGCAGCCAAAUAAGAAACUGUGAUUUAAAUAAAUUAUCCUAUUUAUAUUUUAAAUUAAAUAUUGUCAUAACUAGCUUUUAAGCAAAACCAAAUGUCAAAUGAUCUAAAGUGAUACUAAAUUAUGUGCCAUAUAUACGUAAAUAUGUAGUAAUUAUAAGUGUAAUUGAAAGAUGUAAUCAAAAUUGU